AGGCAGGUAGGUGUGGCCGGAGCACGUGCUGUCAGUGCUAUAAAUGCGCUGGAACCCUAGGAUUCGGCGCGAGCUUAUCACUUAUCAUCAUCAGCGCCCCUCCCUCCCUCCCUCCUCCUCCUCGCGCGUCCUGAUCCAUCAUCCAGCCCAGGUGAUUAAGGUCGCCAUGUCGGACUCCGAGGACCACCACUUCGAGUCCAAGGCCGAUGCCGGGGCGUCCAAGACCUACCCUAUGCAGGCCGGCGCCAUCCGGAAGGGCGGCUUCCUCGUCAUCAAGAACCGCCCCUGCAAGGUGGUGGAGGUUUCUACCUCGAAGACAGGAAAGCACGGUCAUGCUAAAUGCCACUUUGUUGCCUUAGAUAUAUUCAAUGGUAAAAAGCUUGAGGACAUUGUUCCUUCAUCCCACAACUGUGAUGUGCCACAUGUGGACCGUACUGAGUAUCAGCUGAUUGACAUAUCAGAGGAUGGAUUUGUGAGCCUUCUUACUGAUAAUGGUAGCACUAAGGAUGAUCUUAAACUCCCAACUGAUGAUGCUAUCCUGACCCAGCUCAAGGACGGAUUUGCUGAGGGGAAGGAUCUGGCGCUGACGGUCAUGUCGGCCAUGGGGGAGGAGCAGAUCUGCGCAGUCAAGGACGUCGGCCCCAGGUAACUUCCUCGGAUUGAGGUCCAAGAUAAACGGAGGGAUCCAGUAUCUGUCAAAUUUAAGCUAAAGAAAGACGAAGUAUUAAAGGAGGAAUGCUAUCGAGUGAGACAUUCACCUAAGCCGGAGUCAAGUGCAGUGAUUGCUGGGUGUAGCAUAUCUGCUUACCACUACCUAUCAUCCGUGACAUUUGGGACCCUUGCUUAUGUAUGUGCUUGGUGUCAAUAAUUGAUUGAUUUGGAAUGGUGCAAACUGUAUGCCAGAAAGCACGCCUGGCCAUUAUUAUUGUGGAUUCCAUGAUACUAUAAGGGUCCUGUGUUCAGUUUCUCAUCAAAUCUAAAAAAAGUAGCAGUUACUACA